CUUCUUGCGCGUCUUGACAAACCGCGACGAAGAAGAAGAAAAACAAUCGAAGAAGAGUGGCACGAAUUUGUUGAUACUUUCCACCAUGGCUGAAUCCGAUUCAAAGAAAGUUAUCAAGUUGGUACCAGAGUUUCUCUUGAAAAAGAGGAAAGCGUACCAGGCUAUUAAAGCCACACAAGCCAAACGUGCACUUCAAGAAAAGAGAAAGGUCUCUAAAGGUGCGCCGAUAAAGUUCAAGCGCUUGGAAGACAUGGUGAAGGACAGCCAUCGGAAACAUCGUGAUGAUACUCGCAUCCGUCGAUUGGCAACGAAACCGCGGGGCCCGCCGCCUCCUGAAAAGAACAAAUUAGCUAUUGCUGUCCGCAUUCGAGAUGUUAAAGGUAUCAGUCCUCAAGUAAUGAAGGUUAUCCACAUGUUGAGGGUGAGAAAAAUCUUCAACGGAACCUUUAUCAAAAUCAACAAGACCACUCUCGACAUGUUGAAAAUUGCUGAGCCCUAUGUGGCCUGGGGCUAUCCAAACCUGAAGUCUGUGCGUGAGCUCAUUCUGAAGAGGGGACGGACUAAAGUGGGCACAAGACCGGUUCCUUUAACAGACAACACCUUCAUUGAAGAACACUUGGGUAAAUAUGGGAUUAUCUGUUUGGAGGAUUUGAUUCAUGAAGUCUACUCGGUUGGCAAGGCCUUCCGGGUAGUCAACAACUUCCUGAUGCCUUUCAAGCUGUCGGUGGCCCGUCAUGCCACCAGGGACAAAGCGGGUCUCCUCAAGGACCUUGGAAAUCCUGGAUUUCGUGGUACAGACAUUAACACCAUCGUCAGGCGACUGAACUGAGGGAAAAGACACAAAAUGGACAUUCGACGGGAAUUUAAAAGAGGAUUACUGAUUGAGGGGCAAAUACCAACCAUCACAAUGAUGACCUCAUUAUUUAAUGAGCGAGGGUGUUCUAUAUUGCUGUUGUCGUAUUCGAAAAUAUGCCACUGGUGGGCGCUGUUCUGCUGGUACUCAUCUGUAGACUUGUAAAAUACUUUUUGAAAUUAUGAAUAUGCAUUGCUUUGAGCUGUUAUUGUACAUUCUCUCAAGGGCGCCCAUUCAUAAACCACAAGACUGGUUUCAUAAUUAAUGAGACAAUGAAGUGUGAUUUUUGAAACAUGUUUAUAAUAAAAUUGUAUAAUAUGAUGGGCUGGUAGCCUUUAAACAAGGUGAA